GCAUGCCGGGCAAGAGGAAGACCUCCAGAAGCUCCCCGCGCAGCGCGGCUGUGUUUGCGGCCUGUGCGAGUAGGCGCUUCGGGACCAGUCUUCCGUCGAGCGGUGCGCAGAAACCUCGAACCGGUGGAGCCCACUCGUAACCUGGAGCCCGGAAGGCCGCGAAGACCGUACUGUUUUCUCAGCGGCGGACCGCUGCAGUAAGAAUGUCUUUUCCCCCUCAUUUGAAUCGCCCUCCCAUGGGAAUCCCAGCACUCCCACCAGGGAUUCCACCCCCACAGUUUCCUGGUUUUCCUCCACCUGUACCUCCAGGGACCCCAAUGAUUCCUGUACCAAUGAGCAUUAUGGCACCUGCUCCAACUGUUUUAGUACCCACUGUGUCCAUGGUUGGAAAGCAUUUGGGAGCAAGAAAGGAUCAUCCAGGCUUAAAGGCUAAAGAAAAUGAUGAAAAUUGUGGUCCCACUACUACAGUUUUUGUUGGCAACAUUUCUGAGAAAGCUUCAGACAUGCUUAUAAGACAGCUCCUUGCUAAAUGUGGCUUGGUUUUGAGUUGGAAGCGAGUACAAGGUGCAUCUGGGAAACUUCAAGCCUUUGGCUUCUGUGAGUAUAAGGAACCUGAAUCUACCCUCCGUGCGCUCAGGUUACUGCAUGACCUGCAGAUUGGAGAGAAGAAACUACUUGUUAAAGUUGAUGCAAAGACAAAGGCACAACUGGAUGAAUGGAAAGCAAAAAAGAAAGCUUCUAAUGGGAAUGCAAGGCCAGAAACUGUCACUAAUGAUGAUGAAGAAGCCUUAGAUGAAGAGACAAAGAGAAGAGAUCAGAUGAUCAAAGGGGCCAUUGAAGUUUUAAUUCGAGAAUACUCCAGUGAGCUCAAUGCCCCCUCACAAGAAUCUGACUCUCACCCUAGGAAGAAGAAGAAGGAAAAGAAGGAGGACAUUUUCCGUAGAUUUCCAGUGGCCCCACUGAUCCCUUAUCCACUCAUCACUAAGGAGGAUAUAAAUGCUAUAGAAAUGGAAGAAGACAAAAGAGAUCUGAUAUCCCGAGAGAUCAGCAAAUUCAGAGACACACACAAGAAACUGGAAGAAGAGAAAGGCAAAAAGGAAAAAGAAAGACAGGAAAUUGAGAAAGAACGGAGAGAAAGAGAGAGGGAGCGUGAAAGGGAACGAGAAAGGCGAGAACGGGAACGAGAAAGGGAAAGAGAACGUGAACGAGAAAAGGAGAAGGAACGGGAGCGGGAACGAGAACGGGAUAGGGAUCGUGACCGCACUAAAGAGAGAGAUCGGGACCGAGACCGCGAGAGAGACCGGGACCGCGAUCGGGAAAGGAGCUCGGAUCGGAAUAAGGACAGGAGUCGAUCAAGAGAAAAGAGCAGAGAUCGUGAAAGGGAACGGGAGCGGGAAAGAGAGAGAGAGAGAGAACGGGAACGAGAAAGAGAACGAGAGCGCGAGAGAGAGCGAGAAAGGGAACGGGAACGAGAGAGAGAGAAAGACAAGAAGCGGGACCGAGAAGAGGAUGAAGAGGAUGCUUAUGAACGAAGAAAACUUGAAAGAAAACUCCGCGAGAAAGAAGCUGCUUACCAAGAGCGCCUUAAGAAUUGGGAAAUCAGAGAACGGAAGAAAACCCGGGAGUAUGAGAAGGAGGCCGAAAGAGAAGAAGAAAGAAGAAGAGAAAUGGCAAAAGAAGCUAAACGACUAAAAGAAUUCUUAGAAGAUUAUGAUGACGAUAGAGAUGAUCCCAAAUAUUACAGAGGAAGCGCUCUUCAGAAAAGAUUGCGUGAUAGGGAAAAGGAAAUGGAAGCAGAUGAACGGGACAGGAAAAGAGAGAAGGAAGAGCUAGAGGAAAUCAGGCAGCGCCUUCUGGCUGAAGGACACCCGGAUCCAGACGCAGAGCUCCAGAGGAUGGAACAAGAGGCUGAAAGGCGCAGACAACCACAAAUAAAGCAAGAACCAGAAUCAGAGGAGGAGGAAGAAGAAAAGCAAGAAAAAGAAGAAAAACGAGAGGAACCCAUGGAAGAGGAAGAAGAGCCAGAGCAAAAGCCCUGUCUCAAACCAACUCUGAGGCCCAUCAGUUCUGCCCCAUCUGUUUCCUCUGCCAGUGGCAAUGCCACUCCCAACACUCCUGGGGAUGAGUCUCCUUGUGGUAUUAUUAUUCCUCAUGAAAAUUCACCAGAUCAACAACAACCUGAGGAACAUAGGCCAAAAAUAGGACUAAGUCUUAAACUGGGUGCUUCCAAUAGUCCUGGUCAACCUAACUCUGUGAAGAGAAAGAAACUCCCUGUAGAUAGUGUCUUUAACAAAUUUGAGGAUGAAGACAGUGAUGAUGUACCCCGAAAACGGAAACUGGUUCCCUUGGAUUAUGGUGAAGAUGAUAAAAAUGCUGCCAAAGGCACCGUAAACACUGAAGAAAAGCGCAAACACAUCAAGAGUCUCAUUGAGAAAAUCCCUACAGCCAAACCUGAGCUCUUUGCUUAUCCCCUCGAUUGGUCUAUUGUGGAUUCUAUAUUGAUGGAACGACGGAUUAGACCAUGGAUUAAUAAGAAAAUUAUAGAAUACAUAGGUGAAGAGGAAGCUACAUUAGUUGAUUUUGUUUGUUCUAAGGUUAUGGCUCAUAGUUCACCUCAGAGCAUUUUAGAUGAUGUUGCCAUGGUACUUGAUGAAGAAGCAGAAGUUUUUAUAGUCAAAAUGUGGAGAUUAUUGAUAUAUGAAACAGAAGCCAAGAAAAUUGGUCUUGUGAAGUAAAACUUUUUACAUUUAGAGUUCCGUUUCAGAUUGCUUCUUCUUUCCCACCCUUCAGAGGACUUUGACUUUUUCUUUGUCUUCAAAGACAUUUGUGAGAUCUGUAAUUUUUUUUUUCAAUGUAGAAAAUGUGAAUUUUUUUGUCCUCUAAUUUGUUGAUGCCCUGUGUACUCCCUUGGUUGUAAAGACAUCUGAAUCCUACCUUGGUUCUCUUUAUACUCACCAGGUACAAAUUACUGGUAUGUUUUAUAAGCCGCAGCUACUGUACACAGUCUAUCUGAUAUAAUCUUGUUCUGCUGAUUUAUUUCUUGUAAAUAUUAAAAUGACUCCCCAAUUCUUUUGCAGAA